CAGAUAUGACCAUACGGGGUUCCAAGAGAAUUGGUUGGAUUCCGCUGUCUUUGGCACUGCUCUUACUUCUUGGUGUUAUAGUGGUAUACAUUUGGGCAGUGAUUCGAGAAGAUGUUCGCGCAUGGAUACCGUAUAUCAGUGAGGCGGGCGGAUAUCCUCCCGAAAGUGGGGUGUUUGGAAUAUUUCUGUUCUUGGGAGCUUUAUUAGGAUUACUGACAAUGACUCUCCGAUACUUCAUUGUAAUUGAAAUGACACAAAGAAACAACAAGAUUAUCAAAAUUCUCAAUAUAUUAGGUUUAUUUAAUGGCUUGAUCUCCAUUGUUGGCAUGGUCACAGUAGCAACGUAUCCCGUUGGAUUCAACAGCGAUGACGAUAAUAAAUCUGAAUGGAAAAAGCAUAUUCUUCUUCCUCACACGAUUGGUGCAUUCAUGCUCUUCAUAGUGGGAGUGAUCUACACCCUCCUACAGACCAUUGUAACUUACUUGAUGUAUCCAAGACACCAUGGGUUAACGCUUUUCUACGUCCGGCUUGCUUGUGGAGUUCUGGCUUUAGUGUCUUUAAUAACCAUGAUGUCUGCUGUGCCAGUGGAAAACCAGACUUGGGUAGAUGAUACAAACAAAAAUGGAACAGAAAAUGGAGAACAAACAACAGGAAAAAGAGUAAGCAUCGCAGCUGAAUGGUUACUGGCCUUCUUCUUCAUCUCCUAUUUCUUUACAUUUUAUAGAGAGUUCCAAAAGAUUUCCUUAUCACUGGAAGUCGAAAUACAUCACUUUGACCAACCAUCGUCUCUUCAAAAUCUGUCUACAUGAAAUAAUAUUUAAUGUGUUACAACACUUAAUUAGAACGUUAUUGAUGUGUAUAGUGAAAGUUUCAGAGAAAAUUAAAUUAAAGAGAGAGUCAACAAUCAAAUCACACUUUCCUCUUAUAUUCAAGUGAUUUGCUUUCUUAGAUUACGAUCCAGUGAUCUGUUCAUAACGGUGUUGUUCUUAUUAUACAUUUCCUUGUAUAGGUAAAUUAUGUUCGUUUCUAGACUAUCAUUCAAUGAUCUAUUCAGAACAACGUGUUUAUUAAUGAAGAUUCCAUAUCAUAGUUAUUAAACUAUUUAUGUUUUUAGACUAUAAUCUAUUUCAUAACAACGUAUUUAUUAAUAACAAUUCCGUAUGAUAGUUAAACUUUUUUACAGACUAGAACCCACUUGUCUGUUUCAUAACAACGUGUAUAUUAGUAACGAUUCUUAUGAUAGUUAACCUUUUUCGAUGACGAGGUACCCACUUUGAGACUAAUAAUGAUUGGAGACG